CCACCUCUCUCUUUCGUAGUCUGGUGCGCGAGCUUGAAAAGCAAACCAACUUGAAUGUCAAAAACCAAACCCAUCAAAGUGUACAUAUAUUUAUGACUGUGAUCACCGGCAGCAAAACGAAGAGGUGGUCGGAAUUGGGUCCGGAAAAUUACGGUGUUUGAGGAAGAAACACCUGAUGAAAAUGCUGCAAACAGGCUUAGCAGCGGAAGCCCAGGCUUCGGGCGACUCCGGUGGCCGGACGGUAGUCGUGGGGGUGAAACUGGACUCGCCCAGCAGAGAGCUGCUGACAUGGGCUCUUGUCAAGGUGGCUCAGCCUGGUGACCUUGUUGUUGCUCUACACGUCCUUGGGAAGGAUGAAAUUGUGGAUCGAGAUGGGAAGUCGUCUCUGCUUUCGCUUGUCAAAGCCUUUGACUCUGUUCUUGCUGUCUAUGAAGGUUUCUGCAAUCUGAAACAGGUGGAUCUCAAGCUUAAGAUUUGCAGAGGUACAUCGAAACGAAAAAUUUUAGUUCGGGAAGCAAAAUCCUAUUCUGCUACUGAGAUUAUUGUCGGAACUGCUCGGAACCACCAUAAAAUCCGGUCAUCAACCUCGGUGGCUAAGUACUGUGCUAGAAAACUGUCCAAGGAUUGUUGGGUUCUUGCUGUUAAUAAUGGGAAAGUUGUGUUCAAGAGAGAAGGCUCUCCAAAAACUGUCGGUCACUCAAAAGGAAAUGAAGAAUAUGGCCCCAAUAGUUUAAUGAGCAUGAUGAUGCAAGGGACAUGGAGUAAGAACUCGAAAGUAGUGAACGAGGGCAAUGCCAACAUGAGCUUAAAGGAGCAAGAUUUAGAGCAAAGCUUUGCUAAAGUUGUUCUGGCUUGUACAAACAGUCCUGUAAAGCAGAAGUGCUCAAUUUGUGCACCUAACUCUGAAUUUCCAGAUAACUCUUGUAGGCAAUCUGCAGAAGAGCCCUCCGGUUUAGGUGGUGAAGGUGAGUCUUUGGCUUUAGUGCCAGUUCAGAAAGAAGAGGUUGCGUGUAGUUCAAUUUCCAUGUUGAUCAAAGAAUUGCCUGAACUAAAACCCGGUUGGCCACUACUCCAUCGAGCUACUCUGUCGGAUCGAAAAGCUUCUGACAGGUCUAUGGUGCGGCAGAUUUCGGUGGUUCAGUGGGCAUUGCGGUUGCCAAGCAGGCAUUAUUCAUUUAGCAGCAAUUCGGAUCAUAAAAAAGUUACUUGUCAUCAAAGUGAAGAUCAAUCAUCGAGUUUAGACAGUGAAAGUGGCGCAAUUGUUCCGGUGGGUACUGAGAUAUUGACUGCUCCUCCUUCUCCUGAAUACAAUUCCAAGAGGCUACCAAAGGAGCUGGAGGGGUUUCAUGAGAAAUACUCAUCCACUUGCAGACUGUUUAAUUACGAGGAACUUAUCUCAGCAACAUCGAAUUUCUUGACAGAUAAUUUGGUUGGGAAAGGAGGCAGCAGUCAGGUUUAUAGGGGCUGCCUUCCUGAUGGAAAGGAACUCGCUGUGAAGAUCUUAAAGCCAUCUGAAGAUGUUUUAAAAGAGUUUGUCUUGGAAAUAGAGAUUAUUACUACCUUAAACCAUAAGAACAUUAUUUCUCUUCUGGGGUUCUGCUUUGAGGAUCGCAAUCUUCUCUUGGUUUAUGAUUUCUUAUCAAGAGGAAGCCUUGAAGAGAACCUUCACGGGAAUAGGAAAGAUCCGCUAGCAUUUGGUUGGAGUGAGAGGUAUAAAGUGGCUGUGGGUGUAGCUGAGGCCUUAGAAUAUCUGCAUGGUGGCUGUGCUCGACCUGUGAUCCACAGGGAUGUUAAAUCUUCAAAUAUACUGUUAUCUGAUGACUUUGAGCCACAGCUCUGUGAUUUUGGACUUGCAAAAUGGGCAUCAACCUCUUCAUCACACAUAACCUGCACGGAUGUUGCUGGCACCUUUGGUUACUUGGCUCCUGAAUACUUUAUGUAUGGAAAAGUGAAUGAAAAGAUUGAUGUCUAUUCAUUUGGUGUUGUACUCCUUGAGCUUCUUUCGGGAAGAAAGCCUAUAAGCAAUGACUAUCCGAAAGGCCAAGAAAGCCUAGUCAUGUGGGCUAGGCCAAUUCUAAAUGGUGGAAAAGUGUCACAAUUAUUAGAUCCGAGUUUGGGGACUAAGUACAAUCCGGACCAGAUGGAGAGGAUGGUUAUAGCAGCAAGACUUUGUAUCAGGCGUGCUCCAAGAGCGCGGCCACAAAUGAGCCUUGUUUCGAAGCUCCUUCAUGGUGAUAAUGAGGUUACCAAGUGGGCAAGGCUACAAGUUAAUGCUGCAGAGGAUUCAGACAUGCUUGAUGGUGAAGCUUGUCCACGUUCUAACCUGCAGUCACAUCUGAACCUUGCACUCCUCGAUGUGGAGGAUGACUCACUCUCCUUAAGCAGCAUUGAGCAAAGUGUGUCAUUGGAGGACUACUUACAAGGCAGGUGGAGCCGCUCAUCAAGCUUUGACUAACCACAAUACUGGCAAUUUGCUAGUAAAAAAAAUGUUUAUCUCAGUUUCUGUGAUUCUUUUGUAUAUCCUUUUGCUUUUUCCCCUCCUUUGCAUUGGCCUUUGGCCCCCUGGAUUUCUUUCAUCUUGCAGGGUUUUGGAUGAGAGGUUGUUUGUGGGUGUGCCCUCCUCCUUCCCUUGAUAGUUGAGAAAUUUGUCCCCAUUUGUUGGGAGUUUGUCUACUCUCUAAGAAAAAGAGAGGAAAAAAACUCAAAAAGAGUGUCAGUUUUAUUCCUAGAUCUCAAGCAGAUCGAGAGUGGAAUAUGUUAAUUUUGUAGGAUGGACAUGUUGUAAUUCUAGAAAACUCUUUCCUAAAGUGAGCACAAGUCAUUUCUAAUAAGAGAAAUUCGGCUGUUCUCAUGCUUGAAUUUAUUAAUGAUUUGAAUGCA